AUGGGAGAUGGCACCAAGAAGAGCAAGCUAUCAUGGUCUAACUCCAAGAGCCUCGUGAGGAAGUGGUUCAACAUCAGGGGGAAGUCCCAUGACUUCCAUGCCGAUGACGCUGCUGCCAUUGGCAGGAGACGAGGAGGAGGGGACAGCGAGUGGAUGAGCGGCAGCUUUUCCAGGCGGGAAUCCUGCACGGUCAAGAAGAGCAGGACAGGUAGUACUAAGAGGAGGAGCUCGCACGAGCGGUCGCAGCGGAGCAAGAUCGACCUCGACGCCGCCGAGGCCACAGUCACCUUGGACUACAGGAUCUUUGUUGCUACGUGGAAUUUAGGUGGUCGCGCGCCGCCCUGCUCCCUGGGCCUCCACGACUGGCUCCACACCUCGCCGCCGGCGGACAUCUACGUCCUCGGGUUCCAGGAGAUCGUGCCGCUGAACGCAGGCAACGUGCUGGGCGCCGAGGACAACGGCCCGGCGCGCAAGUGGGUGUCACUGGUCCGGCGGACGCUGAACAGCAUGCCGGGGAGUGGCAGCGGCAGCGGCAGCGCGACUCUGCAUACGCCGUCACCGGCGCCCAACGUGGUGGUGGAGAUGGACGACGACUUCCAAGGGUCGUCGAGGCGGGACAACCCGUCCUUGUUCCACCGUCGGUCAUUCCAGGCCGGGCGCAGCCGGAGCCUGAGGAUGGAGGGCGACAUCCUCGCCCCCAGGCUCGACCGCCGGUACAGCGUCAACGACCGCGUCAUGUACGGCAGCAGGCCGAGCGACUACGAAGCCAACUACCACCGGUGGGAGGACGAGAACAACGACGGCGAGUCGCCCAGCACGGUGUUCUCGCCGAUGUCGUAUGGGUACGGCAAUGCGCCACCGUACGUGGAAGAAACCAAUGGGACGGCUGCUGGCCACACGAGGUACUGCCUUGUUGCAAGCAAGCAAAUGGUUGGGUUGUUCCUCAUGGUUUGGGCUAGGAGAGAAAUAAAGAGUGACAUACGGAAUCUCAAGGUCUCUUGUGUCGGCAGAGGAUUGAUGGGGUAUCUUGGAAACAAGGGCUCGAUUUCCGUUAGCAUGCUAUUGCACCAAACGAGCUUCUGCUUCGUCUGCAGUCACCUGACAUCAGGGCACAAGGACGGCGACGAGCACCGCCGGAAUUCUGAUGUCAUGGAAAUCCUGAGAAAAACCAGGUUUCCAAUGGUUUAUGGGCAAUAUGAAAGAUCGGCUGAAACUGUCCUAGAGCAUGAUCGAAUCGUUUGGCUUGGGGACCUGAAUUACCGGAUAGCGCUUUCUUACCGGGCAGUGAAGGCCCUUGUGGAGAUGCGCGACUGGAAAGCAUUGUUAGAGAAAGAUCAGCUGAGGAGCGAGCAAAGAGGCGGCCGCGUCUUCCCCGGUUGGAAUGAGGGGAGGAUAUACUUCCCGCCGACAUACAAAUACUCGAAUAACUCUGACAAAUAUGCAGGGGAAGACAUGAAUCAGAAGGAGAAGAAGAGAACACCUGCAUGGUGCGACCGUAUUUUGUGGUACGGGAGAGGCCUUAGCCAACUAUCCUAUGUCCGGGGAGAGUCGCGCUUCUCUGACCAUAGACCUGUGUACAGCAUGUUCAGUGCAGAAGUAGAGUCCAUCAAUCACAGCCGGAUACAGAAGAUGAGUUCUUCAAGCUCGCAACUCGACAUCGAGGAAUUGCUGCCCUAUUCAUAUGGGUACACCGACAUCAACCCGUAUGGAUACACUGAUCUUAAUUUCUACUAG